AUGGCAACUGUGGGAGGGAUUCGCCCGGUCGAGGGAUCUGAGAACAGUCUCGAGAUCGAAAGUCUCGCUCGAUUCGCCGUCGACGAGCACAAUAAGAAGGAGAAUGCACUGUUGGAGUUUGGAAAGGUAGUUAAUGUGAAGGUGCAAGUGGUUACUGGUACAAUGUACUACAUCACACUGGAGGCAACCGAUGGUGGUCAGAAGAAACUUUAUGAGGCCAAGAUCUGGGUGAAGCCCUGGCUGAACUUCAAGGAGGUCCAGGAAUUCAAGCCGAUUGGUAACACCCCUAGCACUGCUUAA